GCCUUCAUAACAUCUCAUUAACACACACAACUCUCCCUCUCUUUUCCUCCCAGUUCUUUGCCAUCCAAGAAGAUCAUACAAGAUGGGCAGAGAAAGCAUAGAAGAAGGACAACUCUCAAGCCCUCUACUUCCCAAAGAGAAGCAUGAAGCAUACGCCGGCGUUAGUGGUGGUGGCGGUGAGCAGAGUGAACCCUCUUCCGCCACGGUUGCGGUUGUGCUUACUACUUUGGUUGCUGUCUCCGGUUCCUACGUUUUUGGUUCAGCUAUAGGAUACUCAUCACCUGCCCAGUCUGGAAUCAUGGAGGAGCUGGGCCUUACCGUGGCAGAGUACUCACUUUUCGGUUCAAUAUUGACAAUUGGAGCAAUGAUAGGUGCAAUAGUGAGUGGCAAAAUAGCAGAUUUCAUAGGUAGAAGAGGUGCAAUGGGCUUCUCAGAGAUAUUCUGCCUGGCAGGCUGGCUUACCAUAGUAUUCUCUAAGGUCUCUUGGUGGCUUGACCUUGGGAGACUGCUUGUAGGUUGUGGGAUGGGACUUCUUUCUUAUGUGGUACCUAUAUAUAUAGCAGAAAUAACACCUAAGAAUCUUCGAGGAGGGUUUACAACUGUUCAUCAGUUGAUGAUAUGUUGUGGUGUAUCUUUCACAUAUCUAAUUGGAGCUUUUGUGAACUGGCGGGUUUUAGCUCUGAUUGGAACUAUUCCAUGUCUAGUACAACUUGUUGGUCUAGUUUUCAUUCCAGAGUCUCCAAGAUGGCUGGCAAAGAUUGGUAGAGAAAAAGAGUGUGAAGCUGCUCUACAGCGCCUUAGGGGGGAGAAUGCUGAUAUCUCCCAGGAAGCUGCUGAGAUCAGAGACUAUACAGAAACCCUUCAACGGCUUUCAGAAGCUAGUUUUCUUGACUUAUUCCAAUGGAAAUAUGCUCAUUCACUCAUAGUUGGAGUUGGCCUGAUGGUACUACAACAGUUUGGAGGGGUCAACGGCAUCGCAUUUUAUGCAAGUGCUAUAUUCAUAUCAGCUGGGUUUUCUGGUCGUCUUGGGACUCUAGCAAUGGUUGCUGUUCAGAUUCCAAUGACGGCAUUGGGUGUACUUUUGAUGGAUAAAUCUGGACGCCGACCGCUUUUACUGGUUUCUGCGGCCGGAACAUGCUUAGGUUGCUUUUUUGUAGGGUUGUCCUACUUCUUCCAGGACCUUCAAAAAUGGACGCAGAUCGCUCCAAUUUUAGCACUUGUUGGUGUACUGGUAUACACAGGAUCCUUCUCAUUAGGCAUGGGAGGAAUUCCAUGGGUUAUAAUGUCAGAGAUAUUUCCCAUAAAUAUGAAGGGCUCGGCCGGCAGCCUUGUGACAUUGGUUAGCUGGUUAGGUUCUUGGAUUAUCUCAUAUGCUUUCAACUUCCUAAUGGAUUGGAGCUCAGCAGGAACAUUCUUCAUAUUCUCAAGCAUAUGUGGCUUGACUGUCCUGUUCGUAGCAAAGUUGGUGCCAGAGACUAAGGGGAGAACACUAGAAGAAAUUCAAGCUUCGAUGAAUCCAUUUUCAGCAAAAUGAUGAAUUUGGCAUGUACCACAAUCACAAAAUCUGUGUGCUUAGAUUAAUCAAAUGAUUGGAAUAUGUGGGAUUAAAUCGAUGGCUUCGAGGGGUCGGACCUCAAAUCGAUCGAGUAUUUUCCUUGAUAAAUUAUCCUUUUAUAAAGAGGAUUUCAGCUUAUUUUGGGAAUACAAUUAUUAUAGAAUCAGCUGCUAAUAAGAUGAUUGCAAUUCUGCAACUAUUUAAGAAUAA